AAUGGGGAGCGUGAGCCUCAUGCACGAUGCAAAAAAGCGUCGUGCCAGUCUGUGUAGAGUAAUUCAUAGUCCUGCUCAGAUUGAGCUCUCAGUGUAAUCUCAACUAAAGAUUAAAGUGUUUGGUGUACGUGUGUGUGCCGUCAGUUUCUUUCGUGUGUGUGGUCUUAAAACAACUGUAAACAUGCCCAAAAGAGCCAAGAAGAACGAGGAAGCUGUGGAUGGGGAGACUGGCAAUGGAACUGCACCUGCAAAGAAAGAGAAAAAGGGGAAAGAGCCAGAGGUCCCAAUUCUGUAUGAAGAUCCUCCAGACAAGAUGACCAGUAAAGAUGACCGUGCAGCCAACAUGAAAAUCACCUCCUGGAAUGUGGAUGGUCUGCGGGCAUGGGUCAAAAAGAAUGGCCUUGAUUGGGUACGUAAGGAGGACCCAGACGUGCUGUGUCUGCAGGAAACCAAGUGUGCUGAGAAAGCCCUACCUUCUGAGAUCACUGAAAUGCCUGAGUAUCCACACAAGUAUUGGGCUGGAUCAGAGGAUAAAGAGGGUUACAGUGGAGUGGCCAUGCUCUGCAAGACUGAACCCCUCAGUGUCACCUAUGGUAUUGGUAAAGAGGAACAUGAUAAAGAGGGCCGAGUUAUCACUGCUGAGUUUCCAUCUUUCUUCCUGGUCACGGCGUAUGUGCCCAAUGCCAGCCGUGGUUUGGUGCGUCUGGACUACCGCAAGACCUGGGACGUGGAUUUCCGGGCUUACCUUGUCAGCUUGGACCAGCGAAAGCCCCUGGUGCUGUGUGGCGAUCUGAAUGUGGCCCACCAAGAGAUCGAUCUUAAAAACCCCAAGGGUAACCGCAAGAAUGCAGGCUUCACCCCCGAGGAGCGUGAGGGCUUCACUCAGCUUCUUGAGGCCGGUUUCACCGACAGUUUCCGGGAACUGUAUCCGGAGCAAGCCAAUGCCUACACCUUCUGGACCUACAUGAUGAACUCUCGAGCCAAAAACGUCGGCUGGCGUUUGGACUACUUUGUGUUGUCGGCUGCAUUGCUUCCGGGUCUGUGUGACAGCAAGAUCCGAAACACGGCCAUGGGAAGUGACCACUGUCCUAUUACCCUGUAUUUGGCUGUGUAGGUGAGGUUUCUCAGGGCCACAACCAAUCAGUUCCAUAAAGAGAGUUAACAUUUUAGUGCUUCAUGCAUAUACACAGAAGGGUCUAGUCAGUCCUAUUAGUCCUAGAUUAGCAUUUUCUUUCUAAAUACCAAAUACAUGAUUAAAUAUAGGAAUAUGUGUGCUGCAAACAAAUGUUAAAAAAGUCAUAGUUGGUUAAUCAAAUUGUCUUGUAGGUUUGCAGAUUUGGUUCAAUAUGCUAUUAUUGCUCUCUUGAAAUCAGAUUGAUAGAUUGUUUUGACACUAAAAUGUUUUGAAAAAUUCCUGUUCUCUAAAUGACAACACCCUGCCAUAUUACAUACAUCUCAGUGCUGUGAUAAUAACAAAAUGUUUUGAAGCUUGUAAACUACCUUGAUUUACGACGAUGUAUGAUGUGAAAUUAUGUUUUUUGGAUUUUGUCUUUGGUGCUAUUUUAACCAUUGGAUUUUACAAGACUCCCAACUUAGUGAACUUAGUUGUAGUUAAAUCUUACAUAUAUCACAAAGAUUUGAAAUAAAGUAGUUUAUAUAUAAAAAAGA